GACGUGGGCUGCCCCCGCCUGCCUUGCCAACACCCCCCUUUUCUUUCUUCAAAUGGCCGUCGUGAACAGAGACAGUCCCGGCACUGAAGCGGCCACGUUUCUCGACAGCGUCGAGGGAGAGAUAGCCCUUUUCCGCUCCGUGAUGCGCGCACGACCCGUCGGUAUUCACCGCCACUUCCACAUCCUCACCAUCCAAAAUGCUAUUCUCAGAGACACCGGCCGACUUAUCUCACCGGACGACCUGUGGUGCAAGCUGCGCACCUGCUACAACCUCGAUAUCCUAGAAACCAUUGAAGCAGACGGGUACGAUCCAUUCGGGGUCACCAGCUCACCCACACCACCCAACGUGGGCGCUGGCUCCCCCUCCCCUGCUGAGAAUCUCAACAACCACCCGUGGUUCCGCCAAGAGUUCAGCUUCCCGCCUGAUGAAUCUUACGAGCCCAUCGUGUCCGUGCGGCGGAUACAAACCACCGCAUCCCUACCGUCUUCCUCACCUUCAACUUCCCCUCCACCCAUCGGACGUCUUGCUGGAGCCAGGAAGGGGAAAAGCAAGCUCAAGAACAUGGCGGGUCUUGUGAGCGGCGACAGCGACAGCAGUGCGCUCACACAAGACAGCGGGGACGAAAGUGUAUCUCCCACUCCGCGGGAGAGCAUCGCAACAGGCACGGAUGGCGGGACCGAAUAUGCUGAAGAGGAGGAUGGAGAGGGUCGCGAGCAGUCACCAGGCAUUCCUCUAGCCACCAAGCUGGCCAGGAAGACGACCAAAGCAGGCCGGAGGGGGAGCGGUAGUAGCAGGGCGCGGGGUGCAUCGAUCGCCGGAGGGCGAGGUACGAAGCGGAAGAAGAAAUAGUUGUGAGUGCGUGUAUUGUAACUGUACAUGCAGUGCUACAGGUGUACAUACUGCAUGAAGGCUCAUGCUUGAGGCAUGUUGAGCACGCGC